AUGUCGUGGAUCGCGGUGCUGGUGACGCUGUAUGGACUGUGGGUGGCUUCCACACUCUGGAACCUCUUCAAGAACUACCUCUCGGCGCGCAAGACAGGCCUCCCCAUCGUCGUCUUCCCGUUCAACAACUACCACCCCAUAUGGAUGAUCCUCUCCGUGCCCCUCCGGCCAUUCUUCGAGAGGUUCCUUCCGGCAUGGGUGUACAGACCGAUCAAUCUCGCGACCUACGGGUUCGAGUUUCGCGACAAGACGGCCCUCUUCGAGAAGGGUAGCCCGGCAUUCGUGCUCGUGACGGCCGGCUCCAACGAGCUGAGCCUGAUGGACCCGGAACUGGCCACGGAGGUGCUGAAGCGCAUCAAGGACUUCCCCAACACGGACAUCGCGGGCGUCAUCUUAAACAUCUUCGGCCCUAGCCUGAUCACCACCAACGGCGAGAACUGGGCCCGCCAGCGCCGCCUCAUCGCCCCCAACAUCAACGAGAAGAUCAGCGGGCUCGUCUUCGGCGAGUCGUGUCGACAGGCCCGCGAGAUGCUGGACUCGUACAUGCACGACCUCCGUGGCGUGACGGACGACACGAUGCGCGGCAUGAAGCGCGUGGCCAUCAACGUCCUGGGCGCGGCGGGAUUCGGCAUCUCGCAGCCGUGGAAGGAGGAGACGUCCAGCCGGCCCCGGGGAUACCGCACGACGUACAUGGAGGCGACCAAGGCGGUGGUGGAAAACGUCAUCGAAGCGGCCGUGCUGCCGGCCAAGCUGCUCACGCUGCCCGUGUUUGCGGCGUCGUGGCAGCUCAUCGGGCACGCGAAGAACGAGUUCCCGCUGCACACGCGGGCGAUGCUGGAGAACGAGCGCACGCUGCAGCGCGACAGCUCCGAGCCCCGGAGCAACCUGAUGAGCAUGCUGGUGCGGCUCUCGGACUCGUCCAAGGCCGGCUCGCAGGGCCUCUCGGAGGAGGAGAUGCUCGGCAACCUCUUCAUCUUCACCAGCGCCGGGUUCGACACCACCGCCAACACCAUGGCCUACGCGCUGGCCCUGUUGGCCACGUAUCCGGAAUGGCAGGAUUGGCUGUACGAGGAGAUCAGCGCCGUCGUGGGUGAUGCCGGGGCCGAUGACCUGGAGUACAUGGAGAUAUACCCUCGUCUACCACGGUGUUUGGCUCUGAUGCUGGAAACGAUGCGACUCUUCCCGCCCUUGACACACAUCGCCAAACAGACGAACUCGAGCCACGACGUAUCGAUCACGACUCCCUCGGGCCGCUCGUACCACAUCCCGACCAACACCAUCAUCUACGUCAACACGGUGAGCCUGCACCUUGACCCGUCGACGUGGGGGGACGACGCGACCACGUUCCGCCCGUCGCGAUGGUUCGUCUCGCCGCCGGCGGACGUGGUGGCGCCCUCGCGCACCCACCCGGACUACACCAUCGCGCAGGCCCUCCGCACGAUGCCCAAGGGCACGUACCUGCCGUGGUCGUCCGGGCCGCGGUCGUGUCCAGGCCAGAAGAUGUCGCAGGUCGAGUUUGUGAGCGUGUUCAUGACAAUCUUCGCCCACUACCGCUGCGAGGCCGUCCCCGUCCACCCAGACGAGACGCCCGACCACGUCCGUCACCGCUGCGAGGCCGUCAUGGCCGACAGCCAGCCCAAGCUAACCCUCCAGAUGGUGAGGAAUCAGGACCUGAAACUGCGCUGGAUGGAACGCCGGAGCAGCCGCGGCAGCAGUGGCAUGCCUUUGGGAGGAUCGAGGGAGUGA